UCCAUAGUGACAAAGCUACUGAAAAUGAUGAAGAUUAUCGUCGUCCUUGUUGCCUGUCUGGCUGUUGCUGCCUACGCAAAACCCACUGGCUACGGUAUUGGCAUGUACGGAGGCCUUGGUGGCAUUGGUGGCCUUGGCUAUGGUGGCUAUGGAAUGGGAGGCCUGUACGGAGGCAUGGGAGGUCUGUACGGAGGCAUGGGAGGCUUUGGCUAUGGUGGCCUGGGAGGUCUGUACGGAGGUAUGGGUCUUUACGGAGGCUUGGGAGGCCUGUAUGGAGGAAUGGAAGGACUGUACGGCGGCAUGUACGGAGGAAAAUACGGUGGCAUGUACGGAGGAAUUGGACUUGGCAACGGAAUUGGUUUCGGGGCCUCCCAAGCCUCCGUAAAGACCCAUACCUCCGUACAGACCUCCCAGUCCACCAUAGCCAAAGCCUCCCAUGCCUCCGUACAGGCCUCCCAUUCCAUAGCCGCCAUAGCCAAGGCCACCAAGGCCUCCGUACAUGCCCAUACCGUAGCCAGUGGGUUUAGCGUAGGCAGCAACAGCCAGACAGGCAACAAGGACGACGAUAAUCUUCAUCAUUUUCAUGGGGUUAGACAUUCCCACAAUCCCCGGCCUAUAAAAGCAAACAGAAAAAGGCCUUUAUCACAAGUUUCGCACAGCUCCAUAGUGACAAAGCUACUGAAAAUGAUGAGGAUUAUCGUCGUCCUUGUUGCCUGUCUGGCUGUUACCACCUACGCCAAUCCCACUGGCUACGGUAUUGGCAUGUACGGAGGCCUUGGUGGCCUUGGCUAUGGCGGCUAUGGUAUUGGAGGCCUGUACGGAGGCAUGGGAGGUCUGUACAGAGGUAUGGGUCUUUACGGAGGCUUGGGAGGCCUGUACGGAGGAAUGGGAGGCCUGUACGGCGGCAUGUAUGGAGGAAAAUACGGCGGCAUGUACGGGGGAAUUGGAUUUGGAAAAGGAAUUGGCCUUGGAUACUAUUGAGGUUAGUGAGAUGGCGUCUCUCAUCUGCAACAGUGUCAGCGCAGAUCAAACAACACCUCCACGCAUCAUGGCCAACAAAUACUCACCUCUUGGAUAAAUAAAUCACACUUCUAACAUGCUA